GAGAGAGAGAGAUGGAGUCCAGAGAAGAAAGGUCGAGAUUGGGGCGUCCAACGACUCCGACUCCGCAACGCCCGCGGUGGGUUUGGUUUGGGGAUGGGGUGGGAAUAACAAAGAAGAUGGCCGAAUUUUUACCCAUCAUCAUCAUCGCUGUCGCCGCCUUUCCCGGUCCAAGGCGGAGGAGGAGACGGGAGCGCCGACCUCUCUUUAACCCUAACCCUAAACCAAGUUGAUUGUUUUUAUCCCAAUUCCUCUCCCUCGAGUCCAGGCACAUUGCUCCCGAAUAAAAUCCCUCUUUCGCUCAAAGUCGUCGCCUCUGUCGCUUCUCUCUCCGUUCCUUUGGAGCGCGUCUGGAGAACAGGUGACCUAGGGUUUUCGAUUGCGCCGCAGAGGUAAGACAAGAGUGGGAAUAAGUUUUGAGAUCUUGAUUGUGAUUCAGUAGGUUGAAAUCUUCCCAAUGGAAAGUUUUGGGCUUUCUGGACGUGCUUUUGCAAGGAAACGGAGGAGUGCCACUGCAAGGCGGCCUCGGCUAGACUCGCUAUUCACAUUGGAGGCUAGUGAUGCCUCACCUCCCUCAUCCACACCAUCUUCAGAUAAUGCUAGCAAGCUCUCUCCUGAUGAGAAUGCCGGUCCUGAUGUCUCUUUCUGGAGGAAAGAAUUUAAUGGGAACAGCUCUACCCCAAGGAUUGCAUCAAUUAACAAGAUCGAAGGCUUGGCUGCCUCGAAAAAGCUAAAAAAAGAUGAUGAAAAGUUUGGAGAUCUUGAAGGGCUCUAUAGAAAUUCCAGUCACAGGAGAACUGGGUCUGAGCUGAAGAGAUGCAGUGAAGGUGCCCUCGCUCCAGCUAACUGGAAGGGUGCAAGCAAGGUUAAAGAUAACUCCAAAAUUCCAUCAAGAUCCCCUGUUAGCUACGCUGGCAAGGGUGGUGAUGGAAAUAAUGUGGGUCAGUCAGUUGGAACUGCCAAUGGAUCAGCUGAUAACAAGCUGAAGAAAGUGAAGCUCACGGUUGGCGGAGUCACCCGCACCAUUCAUGCAAAAUCAAAUUUGGCGAACGAGAAGAGUGGUUCAUCAUCUGCAAAGCCUCCACGUUCUUCAGAUGCUCCACGGCAUCGGCAGAAGCUGAUUCUUCAGGAUACUUCGGAUGAUGACUAUCCUCCACCUGAAAAAGGAAAUGGCUUGGAAGGAGCUCCACAGAAAGAUUUUGGGGAAGGCGUCAUUUCUCAUGGGGCAAAGGAUAAUUUAGGGGCCACGGUGGGAGAAGAAAGCCUGUCUGGAAAGCAAACGGAUAUGCCCCAGAGCAUACCCUUCUCCGAGCCUGUUCGCAAAAGCAAGAGGGUGCCCAAACGACGAGUGUUAGAUGAUGAGUUUGAUGAUGGUAAAGAAGAUGAUGAGGUACGCUAUCUUGAGAGACUCAGAACUUCUAAGAUCAGCCCAGAUUGCAGUGGUAAGCAUGAAGAUGAUGGAGAGGAGAGUGUUAAGAAUAAGAAAGUUUCUAAGGUAUCUAAAAGUAGGAAGAGUGCAUAUCAUGUGGAUGAGGAGUAUGGUUUAUCACGAUCAAAAAAGGACAGCAAAAGGAAGUCGAGAACUGUGAGGGAAUCUGAUGAGACAGAUUAUGUUGAAGAUGAAUUACCUGGUUCUGAUGAUGGGCCAGAUGCCAAGAGAAAGAAGCACAAGAGGGAACCUGUAGAUUCAUCAAUGGUUGCCAGAUCUGAACCUCUUACCACUCGUCAGCGAGCCCUUCAAUCUGGCAAAGGUGCUGGUGAGAGUUUGAUCGAGUUCCCGAAUGGGCUACCUGCUUCAACUCCAAGAAAACAAAAGGAGAAGCUUUCAGAAGUGGAGAAGCAGGCGAGGAAAGCUGAGGCUGCCCAGAGGCGGAGAAUGCAAGUUGAGAAGGCAGCUAGGGAAUCUGAGGCUGAGGCAAUAAGGAAAAUAUUGGGCCAGGAUUCCAGCAGGAAGAAAAAAGAAGAGAAGCUUCGCAAGGAGCGUGAUGAAAUGGCACAGAAGAAGGCUGCUGAAUCUUUAAUAUUGGCAUCAAACACUAUCAGAUGUGUUAUGGGACCAUCUGGCACGGUUGUUACAUUUGGUGAUGAUGUAGGUCUCCCAAGUAUAUUCGACUCCAAGCAAUGCAGUUAUCCACCUCCACGAGAGAAAUGUGCUGGCCCAUCAUGUACAAAUGCAUAUAAAUACAGGGAUUCCAAAUCAAAUCUUCCACUGUGCAGUCUGCGAUGCUACAAUGCAGUGAAAGAACGAGCUCAGCCUGUAUCAACAUGUUGAUGUCUUCCUCGUUAAUGCAUUUUUUGGUCUCUUUGCAGAAGCAUGCAAUCCUGCUGUUACCCUGAUAGGUGUAUAAUCCACUUCAUGUGAAAGAAUGACAUUAUAUUAUUAUUUUGAAUGCAUUAAGUUGGAUUGUUUUUGAGCUUAUUUAAUCAAACAUCGAGAUAAAGGUUAAUUUAUGGCUUUGGCCUUAUGAAAAA